AUAAGCGCCCGGCUGUGUUAUAUAUCCUCGUGUGUCCAGCUAUAUUAACCAGUGUGUUCAGACCUUACGUAACUUCUACAGUGAGUGAAAAACACAACAUAAAAUGUUUUCAACUGACAAAGAAACUGUCUUCAGUUACGGACAAUGCAUGAUGGAUUGAGGACAGGGAUAUAUUAUUCUUUUGGAUUUUACAAACGGUCUGAAACGUAAGCGCGGACAAGGAACAACAGACUUCAAAGACAUGGUUUACCUAUGGUAUGUCGGAAUGAGAUGCCACCUAUAUAGAGCACAGAACCAAGCCUAACCAGCAGAGACUGUCUGUUGAAAGAUGAAUAAGUACACUGUCAACGUCUGGCUGUGACAACGGAGUUAAACUUGGGUACUGUGAUAGCAACAACAGUGUAACUGUCUUUAUUACGUCACGUGACUAAAGGUGUGUGGAAGUAAUCAAAACAAGAGCUUUGCGGUGUUUUCCGUUGGAGAUAGUGACAGCAUUCCGUUCUGUGUUCUGACAUUCAAGGAAAGUGUUUUGUUCUUGGCAUAGUCAUCUGUUUUGUUCCUGGAAGAGACGUCAUCUUGUGGAUAUUGAAAGAAGGUCAUCCUCCGAUGUGUGUCCACAUUAUGGAUUUAAGUGAACUCUCGUUGAGGAAAAACGUCCAUGAUAUCUACCAGUGCUAAAAAAUAUGGCAGACGACAGUUCCCCAAUACAGGGGACCCAAAACUCUCAGAACAAUUCCUCGAGCAGAAACAACACCGUAUUUCAUGAACCAGAUUUGGAACUACUGGAAGCAUUACGAAAAUGCCAAGAAAGUUCUGCAAAGAUCGAAUUGCAUGCCGGUGUUACAUAUUGCCCACAUGAGUACGAUGGAAUACUUUGCUGGAUGACAAGCCCAACCGAUUCUUUGGCUUCGGUUAAGUGUCCGACAGUUCACGAGGGACAUCCUGUACCCGAUAACAUUUUGGCCACUCGGUACUGCAACACUACCGGCCUAUGGGAGGAGACAAGCAACUAUUCACAAUGUCUGGAAUACUACAAGACAAUACAAGUCACAAAUGAUGCGCCCCAGGAUACUCAUCUAUGGAUGAUUGUGCGGGACAUAUACUUUGUAUGCAGUAUCCUCUCUCUCGUCUUCCUCAUCGUCACACUUUUUAUCUUCUCAUAUUUCAGAGCAUUGCAGUGUAGUCGUAUAGCCAUACACAAGAACCUUGUCGUGUCCUUCAUCAUCCGUUUCGUCGUCAUAAUCGUAAUGAUUGAGCCUUUAGUGACAGGUCGACCCUCUUCCUACCAAGACGUGGAAUGGUUAUGUAAGACGUUCCAGGUCCUCAAUCAGUACACGGCAUUGGCCAAUAUCUAUUGGAUGUUUGUCGAGGGCCUCUUCCUUCACAACAGUAUAGUCGUGUCAGUAUUCAGCACCGAGGCGCCCUUCAAGCUCUUUUUCUUCACUGGUUGGGGUUUUCCAGCACUGGUCAUUAUCACAUGGGCAGUCAUCAUGCAUUUCCACAACGCUCAUUCCUGUUGGGCUAACUACUCACAGAUGCCAUUUAUAUAUAUUAUCAUAGUGCCGUUCCUUGCAGCAUUGAUUAUUAACUUAUUAUUCCUCAUUAACAUUAUCCGGAUACUAGUGAAGAAGCUAAGGGCAAACAAUACCAUCGAAUCGGACCGUAUUAGGAAAGCCAUCAAAGCUACCAUCGUAUUGAUGCCGUUGUUAGGUCUCACCAAUAUACUAUUUGUCUACAACCCUGAGGAUGGCGGUGGUCUGCAGAGUGCGUACCACAUCACAAAUGCCGUCCUACAGUCCAUACAGGGAAUCAUGGUCUCUGUGUUCUACUGCUUUCUAAAUGGAGAGGUGCGACGUGUCAUUAAACGAAAGUGGUACCGGUUUAAGAUCCGAAGGUUCUUACAGUCAGGCGGACGCCGCCGAAGCUCUCGGACUUCUUCGUUUAUCCUCUCACAAACUGAGGUACAAGAUUUGAAUGAAAUGGCGAGCUUGACCACAAAAGCAAACAUGUCAACAAGUCAGGAUGAACCUGAUGUUGGCGUGAGAGAGACUAUCGCCAUCCAGGAAUGGAAAGACACUAUUACCGACCGAGGACCUGAAACCACAUCGAGUGUUCCUAUCGGGAAUCACGUGACACCUAAUGCUUGGAAUCACGUAAAUGGUGUUGAUUUAUCUCAGUCAUUCGAGUCUGAUGACGUCAGUAAUCCAAAAGAAGUGUCGGACUAUAUGGAAGAAGCUUACACUGAAAUUCUAGAUUCAUUUGCCCCAGCGAAUGACACCCUUAGCGAUAUUGAAUAUUCAGAGACGGAAAAGACAAGCGAUGACAAGGAAUAUCGUUGGUCGAAAUUACCCAAUGCGAAUCAAUCUAUGAAUAACGAAGCGUGCGUCGUUGACGUUACUUCUUGUUCUGAAGGUUCCAGAUAUCCUUUAUCAAAUGGGCAUUCCGAAAAUAGACCUUGGUCAGUGAGUGAGGGUAGUGACUUAUCAACAGGGGCUAGUACACUAGACAGUCCCAACCCCUCAACAUCUAGUAAUGCUCUUCUCUUCACUUCACAUAACAGUGGUCGGGACGAAAACGACAAUAGCCAAGUGGUGAAGCCCGAAACUCCUAUUUGUAAUAACCUCACUGGCGAUUGGGACGAGAUUUUUGCCAUUUGUGAUACAUUUAAUCGAGAUUUUAGAACGGACCCUACCAGCUGAUAAGAAAGAGAUAUCAAUGGUGACUUAGGCGACAAUAUGAUAAUUAACAUGAAGUGUAGUAACAAUAUAUUUAAGGCCAAGAAACUGGCAUCUGUCAAAAGAGGUCUUCCGCCUCACUAUAUGAAUACUGGUAUACUGGCGUUCGUGGGAUAUUCCUUAUUGGAUAUAACCUCAAUGAAUGACUUCAGAAACAGUCUUGCUCUGACAAACAGUGACUCCCCUGAUUCACACACCCACCAGUAAAGAUGGCAAACAGUACCUACUAAUUCACCAACCGCCAGUAAAGAUGGCAAACAGUACCUACUAAUUCACCAACCUGCCAGUAAAGAGUUGAAGACAAAUGAAUGCAUUGGUAAAUUGAGCGGUACUGAAAGGCAGCGUGAAGAUACAUCAACAAAAACAUUGUUCGACCAUCAAAGUUGCAAAUUUUAUUUAAUAUCUACUUCAUUGUUAUCCAUGUCCGUAGUCUGCUUCGGUAUCAAUCUGAUACGAAUCGGAAAGCAGUUGUUGUGUCUACACAUUUGGGACAACAGUAGUACUUGACAAAAAUGUAUCCCUGAAUUUAAAAUGCAUAUCCAGCUCCUAUGAGCGGUAUUUCAGGUAGUUGAUGCACUCUUUACGUGAACAACGUCACCUUUUCUUAUGGUGUAUUGUGUUUCUGCCCUGUCGACCGUUUGAUCUAGUAGAUCUCGUGGCAGAUCUCCAGGCAGGUUAAUCGACAAUCAGAUAUUUCAUCAGAAUUUAAAUAUGGUGCGUUCUGAUCUUGCUUUAACUCUUCUUCAGAUAGGCCUAGGAGCAAACCACAGCGCAAUUUAAUGUAUUUGUUUAAUGUUGGGUGGUCGUAAAAUAGAAUUCACCAUGUCUAUUGGAGGGAAGAUAACUCUAGUAGAAAGCAAGGACUCGUAAACUAGUAUGAAUGACUGUUGACUACCGAAGUAAAACAUGAGAGGGGUGAAAGACAGAUUGAGAAUGUAUUAAUAUCUUAUGCAGGGACACACUAGAUAACACACACAUUGAAAAUUAACAUUCUUUAUUGUUCUUAUUAUUAUGCGUUGGUGAUUUUUCAGUAUUCUUAAAUAAUAAGAAGCAACAGUAUGUGUAGACUGGCCACCAGUCCCUAAGUUUUUUGUUAGCUCCACUAAAUUUUAAUACUAGAUUAUCUCCCCCUAGUUUGAAAUUUAAGAUCAGACAUAUCCUAGUGACCAAAAUCAUAAAGGUCAAUUUUAUAUAUAAUUUUAAUAUUCUAGUCUAGAGACAGGGAGUCAGUCUACAGCAUGUGAUACAGUGACACUUUUUCCUAGAUGAUAACUGAUGUUUACUAUCUAAGUUUAACUCUUAGUUUCGCUUAAAGCGCAUGAUUAUGACACUCCAGAUCUGUAUUGAUAUUUAGGAUAGUUUGUAACGCGUCAUCGUCAUAAUUGUAGUAUUAGUUUGUACAACGCGUCAUCGUUAUAAACUGAUAUUUUGAAUGAGCGAAUUAUUAUUGAUAGCUUAAAUUUGCAGUAAGAUAUUUAACUGACAUGAGAGUUAUUUUCUACAUGCAAAACGAUGGUUUUUAACUUAAAUAUUCAAAAUUAACUCGCCGGGACGAAGUCCAGAGGGGCUAAUGAGCACAUGCCCCCAGCGUCGGCGUCCGUAGACAGCUAGGUCAUAGUAAGCUUUGUUGUCUUCUGACAACUCUUGUUUUUAAACAGUUGGAGAUUAUAUAAUUACAUUGAAGUGGUCCUGCCUUUUCAUAUAUAGCCAUAGUAAGUCAUGAACGGAUGAACAAGAAAUCCCAAGAAAAGACAGCAAUAGAACAAAUUUAUAUCCGAUACUGAAAUACUGUACAUGUAAAACGGUUUCAUUCUACAUGAUCAUUUCCUUGAUUUGCACGUGCGACUAGCCCGGAAACUCGACUGCAUCACCGACAACUCCGUUCUUCUAGGACCCUCUAAUGAUGUUAGCGUGUGGAAAGUAACUUUCGUUUCACCAAUUUUUCUGACUAUAGUAAGAACCAUUGCCAUCUGCAAGGUUGGUAUAGUUGGCGUAGAAGCAAAUGAUUUUCUUUAAAUACUAACCAGGUGCAGACGCCGGCAGUAGUCCGUGUGAUAGCACAGGUAGAAUACAAAAUUCCGUAUUGAUCAUUUGUAUCCGUCAAAACCGCAUUACGAGUGAGGAAAUUGCACAUAGUUUCGUAUUAUAGAUUAUACUUGUCUUUCUAUCAUUUUACUGCAUUUUUUCAUUAUUUAUUGUGUCCAUAUUUAAUAAUAUUUAAUAUGUGAAUAUGUAAUGUAUCAACAUAUUUAAGGAAUAUGUAAUGUAUCAACAUAUUAAAGGAAUAUGUAAUGUAUCAACAUAUUUAAGGAAUAUGUAAUGUAUCAACAUAAUAAAGGAAUAUGUAAUGUAUAGACAUAUUUAAGGAAUAUGUUAUUUAUCGACAUAUUUCAGGAAUAUGAAACUUAGCAUCAUAUCUUGAAUAUAUAUUUAUGUAUCAUUGAAUGUAUUUAUUGUAUAGAUUUGAGGUUUUUAAGACCAAUUGUAAUUUAUUUUUACAGAAAUAGCAUGCGUUUUCAAAACGGCAUUGUAUAUAUGUAAAUAGUAGAAAUUAUGCUGAAUUUAAUUGCAAUUUUUUCAUAACUUCUAAAGUAAUCAUUAACAUCGAUGAAACAAGUUUAUGUAUCGAUAUCUUAAAUUUUGUAAUUAAAUGUGUGAAUGAUACAAAUUUCAUAUACAGAUUUUAUAACGCAAAUUUGCCAACGUAAUUACCAUGUAAAAUCAUAUCUGCCAUCUCAUGGAAUGUGAUAAUUGGAAACCUUUUGUUUGUUUUACAAAUCAUUCAAACAUAUCAUUAACUGGAAGGAAUCUGGUACAUAUUUUUCAAUUAAUACCCUUGAAUGAAUAGAAUGAAGGUUACGUGAUGAGGUACGUUAUAGUUUUAACACAUUUACCAAAUUGUAUGAGAACGCUACUGUAAACCGUUUCAUUUUCGCCAAUAUAAUUUCUCACUGAACAUUGGACGAACAGUAAGUAAGAAAGUCAUCGAACGGCAAAUUCUGCAAACUGUGUUUCCGAAACCCACAGCGCGACAAUUUGGCGUGGCGAAAAUAUUUCGGUAUCAGUAUUGAAACAGAUGGCAGCAGUAGUGAGGUCUCCUGUACAUAUAUAUCUACAAUCACCUUAAAUUAUUAAAAUAAAUAAUGAGUCAAAAUGGUUUGAGUUUUUCUUUAUUUCAAAUAUCGACUUCAUAAAAUAUACAUGUGUGUAUAACGAAUAAUAAAUGUUAUCUCUAUUGUGAACCUGUUUUACAAGCUAUUUCAUAUUUGUAUCACAUAAAUCAAAAUACAAUGAUGACGUAUUUUAUUUCUAUUAUAACGAUAUGUAAAAUAGUGGCUACAUUCAAAAAAGCAACUAAUUUCCUAUGAACACACAGCCCUAAAUACAUACGGAAUGUUAAAAAUAUGAGUCAGUGAGGCCAACUCAACGGCAGAAUUGUAUAUAGAUAUCAGCAUAAAAAUUCUUAAUUCUGAAAUAUUUUCUUUUAAAAAAUGAGCAUUUGAUUCAAUUAUCUGAAGCACAUAUUGUUGUGUUCGUGAAGUGAAGUGAAGUUCCAAGAUUUUUACUUGAGGUAAUUUCAAAAGUCAAGGAAUACCACAAAUGCGUACUCUCAUCAGACAAGGUGAACAGCUAUUUAUACGUUUUACUGAUACCACAUCACACGAAUGAAGUUCCAAGUUAAAUGUUCAUCAAUUCAUUGUAUAUUAAAAUCUAAAUCAGUAAUACACUUUAUCUAAUUGCAAUAUUGGACUAAAUACCGUUCCGGUAAAAUUCCUAAAGUGCAUCGAAAUGGAAAGAGAAAAUAUUCAUUUUAUUAUUUACAUUGUCUCAAGGGCAGAUCAUUUUAAUUGACAUCGUGCGAGACUGCCCACAGCAGAUUUGAUUACAGGAUAUCAAACACUGUACAAUAUUGAUAAAUUAGCUUGACCUGAACAUCAUAGGAAGUGUUAUUGUGGCUAUGCCUUCCAAUGUUGAUUUAAAAGCGUGAAGAAUUACCAACCAAAUAUCAGCAAAUGAGCCUUAUUACAUGUUAAUGUGAUGAAAAGUCUUAGUUUAAUACAAAUAACAAUAUUUAAAAUCGUAUCUGUGAUAAAAUGAAUAUAUAUUCGAUUUC